AUGUUGGCGCUCAAAGAAAAAUCUAGACAUUUCCAGUAUCCAGUAUAGCCCUUUUACUUCUUUCAUCUUUAAAUAUAAAUAUAAAGGCGAUGUUAUUCACGCAGACGAAGACUUACUCAAAGCAACUGCUAUAAGCCAUUUUGCGCGGACGAAAUAAAGGAAAAUGAGCCGACAUCCCCUUAUUAAGUGGGCCCAAAGAUCAGACAAGCUGUUCAUUACUGUUGAGCUACCUGAUGCAAAAAAUGUGAAGCUUAAUCUGGAACCAGAAGGAAAAUUUUUCUUUUCUGCUACCAGUGGCGCCAAUAACGUGCCCUAUGAGAUAGAUAUUGACCUCUAUGACAAGGUUGAUGUCAAUGAGAGCAAGGCUAGUUUUAUGUCUAGGAACAUAUGCUAUCUUGUAAAGAAGGCAGAGAGUAAAUGGUGGAGUAGGCUUCUGAAGCAGGAGGGAAAACCACCUGUGUUUAUAAAAGUUGAUUGGGACAAAUGGAUUGAUGAAGACGAACAGGAUGAAAAACGUGAGCAAUAUAUUACAGUUCUUAUGAGGAGUCUCGUUAUCUGCUGCAAUCAAAGAUCAUUCCUUUAUCACUUCCCCAUUCUUCUUCCUCCCUGCCUCACCCAUCAUCGCCACCCUUAUCAAUGA